GGAAAGUCCUACCUCCACUUCCAAAAUGUAUUUCUGAUGUGCAUUCUGCAUUAAAUGUAAUGCAAGUGAUAUCUUAUCGACAUGAAAAUCUUCUUCAGAUUAAUGACGAUAGAAAUAAUAUAGUUUGUUUUUCAACAGAUUCAAAUUUAAGGAUCUUAUGUGACAAAAAAAAGUUUUUUGUUGAUGGCACUUUCACAUUUUGCCCAAAAUUUUUCUUUCAGAUGUUUACGUUUCAUACAGUGGAAAAUGGACAUUAUAUCCCACUUGUAUUUUUUUUUUUUUGCUACCAGGAAAGUCUACGGCAAUAUACGAAACUAUGUUUCAAAAACUGAAAGAACUCUGUUCUAACUUGCAUUUGAAUUUUCAGCCAGAAAUUGUGGUGGCAGAUUUUGAAUAUGCAAUCCAUGAAGCUGUGAGAAAAAUGUGGCCUGAAUGUUCUAUUACAGGAUGUAGAUUCCACUUGACUCAAGCUUGGUGGCGAAAACUUCAACAGUGCGGAUUGCAGCAACAAUAUAGGAAUGGUAAUUCAGAAAUUGGCAGAUGGCUUCGACUGGUAUUUGGAUUACCCUUUUUGGAUGCUACUGAAGUUUCGGAUAGCUUCGUUGAAGAUCUGAUGUCAGAGCAACCACGGGAUGCAAACAUCACACGCUUUACUGAUUACAUAACCGAGAACUACCUAGAUGAGGAUGCAAAAUUUCCCCCGAUACUUUGGGCUUGCGCUGAUAUUUCAUCGGAAAGAACAACUAAUGCAUGUGAAGCAUUUCAUUCAAAAUUCAGAGCGAAUUUUUAUCAUUCCCAUCCUAAUAUAUUUGUCUUCACAGAUGUAAUUCGUCAAAUUCAGAUAGAUAUAUACGCUGCAAUAAAUGGUGUGAAGCAGCAUAAAAAAAUAACAAACAGGAAUUACGCAAACAGGAAGGAAAGAAUCGAGGAUUUACUUAACAAGCGCAGGUAUGGAAUGAUUUCACGAUUAGAAUUCCUAAGACGUGUUUCAUGUUACCCAAAAAUUGUAAGUUAAUUAUUGCAAUCCAUUGUAUUCAAACAAAUUAAUGUGAAAUAUCAUAAUAAAUGUAAUAAUUUUAAAUUA